AUGUUUAUACUUGACACUAAUAUAAAAAUAUAUAUAUAUUUUGUAGCUGAACUAAAGAUAGUUUAUCCAUCACCAAAUUAUUAUCUUGUAGCUGGAGCAGAUAACAAAAUACAAUGGACAUUUGAUCCAACUACUGAUCCAAAUGCAUUUUCUGUGUAUUUAAAUAAUCCCAAAAUUCCAGACUUGUCAGAUUUUGCCAUUGCCAAUACAGUUAAUACAACACUUGGUGUAACUACUGUUCAAAUUCCGCCUAGUCUAGUUAAUACUGGGUUUGUGAUUAGAUUUACAAAUGUUGCAAAUAUUGCAGAUAUAUAUACAACUUCUGAACAGUUUGAAAUCAAAGCACCUGGAACAACUCCUACUACAUACGUAGCACCAGUACCUACAACAUCCGCAGUCGCCACUACUAACUCUGAUACCGCCGCUACUACAUCACCAUCAUCAUCGUCAACGAAUGCACCUAAAUCAAAUUCAGAAUCUUUAUUCGACAAUUCAAAUUUUGGACUUUUGAUCAUUACUAUUACCAAAAUUUUCAAAGGAACAUUUAAUGUCAAAGUUGGUUUAGCUGGAGGUUUAGGUUUUAAUUCUGUGUUGACAUUUUCAGUCAAUAAUAUAACUUCAACCUCUUCUUCCAAUUCUUCUACUGUUCUUCUAAUCUGUCUUCCAGUAAUACGUGCAAUGGAUUGGUUUAAAGGAGAUAAUUUAAUUACAUUAUCACCAGAAUCAAACUGA